UGACUGUUUAGUGACGGGCCACGAGUCUUACAGAGUUUAGUUCAAAAGACGCGACCGAUCUGUGAACCUGUGUCUAAUCUCUCGUUGAGAGCUGAAUAACAAUGGCCUAUACCUGGGAUAACAGAGUUGCUUUCGUCGUGAGAUACCUUUACGAUAUCGACAACAACGGCUACCUUGACUCACACGACUUCCAAUGUCUCGCUUUGCGGACGUGUGUCCUCGAAGGCAAAGGUGACUGCAGUGCGGCCCGGCUUCAGAAAUACCAGAACAUCAUGAUCAACCUCUGGGAGGAGAUCUCUAGGCUCGCCGACUUCGAUAAGGUGCCAGACUAUGACGGCACAGUUACGGUAGAAGAAUUUAAGCAAGCUGUGAAAAACACUUGCGUCGGAAAGAAAUACGAAGAUUUUCCCCAAGCAAUGAAGGCGUUUAUCGAAACUAACUUUAGGAUGAUAGACAUCAAUGCUGAUGGUCUGAUGGGGAUUGAGGAGUUCCGUUAUGACUGCAUUCAACGUAUGGUCGUGGAAGACAUUAAAGUCAUUGAUGACGCUUACAACUCAUUGUUAAACGAUGACGAUAGAAGAAAAGGUGGCAUUUCCUUAUCGAAAUAUCAAGAACUCUUCGCACAGUUCUUGGCUGACCAGAACGAAAACUGCCCUGCCAGCCUACUUUUCGGCCCAUUAGAACUUUAAUAAUCAUUAAGAUUUAAGUUAAUAUCUAUUUGAGUGACUGACUUUUUAUUUUAAUAUUUUCGUUGGAUUAUAUACUUAUUGAAGUGUGGUAAUAGUAAGUUUAAUAGACAAAUUGAAUCCGCGGAGUUCUAAUGUUUCUUGUUAUGUACGCGUGAACUUCUUUCAUUUACUAGGCCUCAGAAUGGAAUGCUUUUUCGCUAGCUUUUAAGCGAGGCGGUAAGAUUGAAAAACGACAGGAUUUCGACAUACGGUGUUCAUACAUAUCGUUGUCUGGUCUCUAUGCGUUCUGAUACUCACAUAUGAAAUGUUGUCCAACGAAAAUAAUCGAAACCAUAAAUAAAAUAACAUCAUAAUACUUAAAAUAUCACAGAGAUGCGGGGCUUAAAAUAGAUGCGUUCCGAAAAUCUAUUGCAAAUUCUAUUAUUGCAUUGUUCAUGUUAAAAAUAAAGUGUGAAAUAUGUUUGAAGAUACAUCUUAGAUAUAUUACGCUAGUUUUAGUUUUGUUUGUUUUCUUGAAUUUUCCGUCCUUAAAGUUUUUAUGGAAUGUUACUGUUUAAAUUAAAAUGUACUUCUAAGCAUUCAAAUAAUCAUGAUAAUAAUAUAAGUGUGCCGUAUAUGGCAAGUUGAUUCUUGGCAUAGCCAUUAUUAUGUCAAUAUUUCGAUAAACAUCAGAAUUAUCUUUUAAAAA